GCGCCGUCGCGCGCCGUCUCCACGCCGUUCCCGCGCGGCCAUGGCGGACGGCCCGGCCCCGAAGCGGCGGCGGGAGGAGGGCGAGGCGGCCCCGGGCGGCUCUCCGUUCCCGUUGGGCUCCGUGCGGAUGCGGCGGCUGCUGCGGGACUCGGCGCGCGAGAAGGCGGCCUUCGUGCACGGCCAGGUGUCCGGGCCGGCGGGGGAGGAGACGGACGCCGUGCUGAUCCUGGAGAAAACGCCGUUCCGGGAGGAGGAGAUCGGGGAGCUGCUGAGGAGGCACGCCAAGCUGGAGCUGCAGACGCGCAACGACAUUUACAGCACGUACCGCCUCUACCCGCCCCCCGAGCUGAGCGAGAUAAAAGCCACAGUGGUGUACCCUGCCACAGAGAAACACCUUCAGAAGUACCUCCGUCAGGAAGUGCACCUGGUCCGUGAAACCUGGGAGGACUACAAGAACAUAACACUGCCCUUCAUCCAGUCCCAGAGCUUCAGCAUCCAGUGGGUGUAUAAUAUCCUGGAGAAGAAAGCUGAGGCUGAUCGAAUCAUCCAUGAAAACCCAGACCCUUGCAAUGGCUUUGUUCUAGUUCCAGAUUUUAAGUGGAAUCAAAACCAGCUCGAGGACCUCUACCUGAUAGCCCUCAUUCACCGCCGCGGUGUGAAGUCUCUCCGGGACCUCACAGCAGAGCACCUCCCUUUGCUGAGGAACAUCCUGCAGGAGGGCAAGGAAGCCAUAGCAAAACGCUUUGGUGUGCCCGGAUCCCAGCUCCGCAUCUACCUGCACUACCAGCCCUCCUACUACCACCUGCACGUGCAUUUCACCGCCCUGGGCUACGAUGCUCCGGGCAGCUCUGCUGAGAGAGCCCAUCUGCUGGAGGACGUCAUCGACAACCUGCUGCUGGAUGCUGAGUUCUACCAGAAGCGGGCGCUGACCUUCGCCCUGCGGGCUGACGAACCCCUGCUGAAGAAAUUCCAGGAGGCAGGAAGAGCGUGAGCUGGCAGAGCCAAACGUGGAGCUGCUUUUUUAUCUUUUUAUCCUGUGAUUUUUGUUUUGAGAGUUUUGUCGCUUUUUGGUUUUUUUAUACUCGGGUUUUGUACGAAAUUGGGGCUGUCAGCCCAUUGCUAUGGCAACUGCUCCGUAAGUCAAUUAAAACCUUGAUUGGGUAACCCUGGUGGUGUGUUGGUUUUUUAAGCAGACACAGCAGCAGCCUGGGCUCCUCUGAGGGACUGCGACAGGAGGACCUGUGCCCAUCCACCUUCAGCCAGUUCUCCAUGCCAUGGUGUUCUCCAGAGCCCUGGAAAUGGUGGCAUGGGAACGAGGUCAUGGAAUCGUGGAAUCGCAUGGAAUCUGCCCACACUCUGCUUCCUCACCGAGGGACAAAACCUCUGAAAACUGCAUGAGUUCUCACUGCCAGCGAGGGCUCUGGUUUCUGGGCUGCUCUGUAAUGGAGUGAUCCCGAGCCUGCUGGAUGCAAGUCACAUCACAAGAGAUGCCCGGGGCUUUGUUCUCAUCUGAUGAAUAAAAAUUCAGGUCAGGCCGUUCCCUGGUACCUUUUAGCAGCAGGGAGAGGCAGAGCAUCUGAAUGCAGCCAACUCUUGUCAGAUUUGGUUAUUUUUUGCAAAAAUGCAGCGUGUGGCUGAGGAGGGCAGGGGUAACCUGUUAGGGGAGUUUUCUUGUUGCCCGUUUCCCACAGGCCGUGCAGAGCAGAGCACAUCUCUGCUUGCAUCAGAGCUGCCUUAGGAACUGAGGAACAGAUCUGGGGGUGUUGCUGUGGCUGCCCCCAACCUUGCACCCCUACACUUAAACCCUUUCAUUGCUAGGAUUCCCCCUGACCCGAUAGCCACGAUUUUGUUUUAUUUUUGCCUUUUUUCUUUCAAUUGCUCUGCACAGACCAACUUCACUGGCUGUUUAUCCCUGCUGUGCUUCCUACGUUAAAUAUCAGGGCAGGGUGCAGUCAUUAACAAUGGCUAACGACCCGGCAAACACUUGUGGUGCUCUGCUAACACAGCAAAUCCCUUUCCGAAAAGGUUUUCUAUCUGGGGAGAGGCGCUGUGCAGUGCUGCCUUUGUCCCUUUUGUCCCCUCCAUCCCCUCUCCGGUGUCCUUUGGCCGCUACCCGCACCGACGGCAGAGGUGGGGGCACCUCUUCACCUCCUGUGACACACUGCACUGACCCGGCUUCUUUGGGAGCCUUAAGUGUUGCAUCGCACCGUAACGGCUCCAUCGCACCGCUGGGCCAGCUGUAGCCAACCACUGUGCCUGCAUCGUGCCGUCCUCGUGGCACCGUGGCGGAGCAGCCGAGGACCGGCGGGCACAGAGCUGCCCUGGGGAGCGCAGCCAUGCGGCCGCGCCGCUCCUUGCGCCUCUGGAGCGUGGUAAAAACAGGCAUUUGGGACGCGUUAUUACUGCUGGAGUUUUAUUGAACGCCGUUUAUUGUUUUCAGAUGCAAUAAAUCUAGCGGGAGAACCCAAGAGACUGAUGGAUCUAAAUAUCCUUCGAGCAAGCCCAGCUCCCCCGCUGAGCCGCGGCCUCACUAAUUACCCCCGGAUCAGCUGCGAGCCGACAGUAAUUAAGGCGCAAUUACGGACAGCUGCUCUGCCUCCAUCGGCCCCGCGUGAGCGCGCGUGGGGUCUCGGCGCGGAUGGAUCCCCGGCAGCGGAGUGCGGCCACGAGUCCGGCCGGCAACGCGGACCGGCAGGGGCUGCUCUCCCCCCCUGGAGCCCCCGCGACCCCCCGCGCUGCCCGAGCCUCCCGCCGCCGCCCUUGAGGAGCUACGGGACCCCCC